GAUCCAGUUGUUCCAGCCUCUCCACAGGUCCUGGAAUCACUGAGUUCCACAGUAACCACUAAGACGCCUGGUCUCAAUGAGCCUUCCGGGGGUGAUCUUCCGUCGUCCAACCUUACUCCCCUCUCUCAUCACUCGGAUGGAAGUGUUCCUGUUGAAAGUUGUCAGGCCUUUGCCUCAACCGCUGGUGGCUUCGAUACUGCACAGGAGAAACCACCCAAAACUGAAGAGCAACUAGCUGUCAAUAGUCCACCGUUGUCCGAGUCACGCACGGCUAGAGAGUCCGUCUUCUUCCCUCAGGAAACUCCAACCAACGGAGUUCUUCAGUACCCCGCCUACUCAAGGUGCGCGGAGCCCCCAGGAAGGAACUCCUCCUCUACUGCAGACUCCCUUUCGGUGGCCUGCGGUACUCCCCUACAUCCCUCUUCUUAUGGUCCGCCCUCUGUGACGCCUUCGCACGUCUCCUCUUCACCGUCGCCGAAUGGUUCAGCACGUCACUUACAGUCCAUGCGCCAACCGACCGGUCGAGUGCGUCGACUAGGUGAUUAUGAGUAG